AAAUAAUUUCCAUAUAGUGCUCAACAGGGAAAAGGAAGAAGUUUCUCACUUCAUUGCACAACAUCAGCUCACUUCUCCUUUGUCUUUGAAAUCUGAAUCCAUUCUCAAGUCAUUCUUUCGGUCACUCUUUCAACACCCAUAGCCAUUUUCACUGUGACUCAGGAGUUUGGCCGCCAUGGCCUAUCUUCUUCUUCUUCGUGUCUUUUCUCACCUUCUUCAUUCAUAUCUUGAUGUUUCUCGUUUAAACUCUCGCGUUUUAUAAUGAUGUGGAUGGAUCAGGAUGAUUAGGAGACAAGUCCAGCACACCAAUGUCUUGAUUACACCAAGAGAUCAUCUCCAACCCACCCAAGUCUUGAUUCCACCAAGAAAUCAUCAACAAAUACCCGAGUUCAAUCUCCAGUUGAAGGAGCAAGAGUGCUUGUCAUCGUUGAAGAGAUGUAAGAACAUGGAAGAAUUUAAGCAGGCACAUGCACAAAUCCUGAAGUGGGGAUUGUUCUGGAACUCUUUCUGUGCAAGCAAUCUUGUGGCCACUUGUGCUCUUUCGGUUUGGGGAAGCAUGGCGUACGCCUGCUCAAUCUUUUGCCAAAUAUGCGAACCGGGUACUUUCCAAUUCAAUACAAUGAUGAGAGGGCAUGUUAAGGAUAUGAAUUAUGAAGAAGCUGUACUUGUUUAUGCUGAUAUGCUUGAGAGAGGGAUUGAGCCUGAUAAUUUCACAUUCCCUGCUCUGCUGAAGGCAGGUGCCCUGUUAAGGGCACUUGAUGAGGGAAUGCAAAUUCAUGGACAGAUCCUAAAACUUGGGCUUCAUGAUGACCUUUAUGUGCAAAACAGUUUGAUCAACUUAUAUGGGAAGUGCAAGAAGAUAGAAUUAUCAUAUGUGGUUUUCGAAACUAUGGAUCAGAAGAGUGUUUCUUCUUGGAGUGCAAUUAUAGCAGCAAAUGCUAGCUCGGGGCUAUGGUCCAAGUGCUUAACGCUCUUUGGCGACAUGAUCAGUGAAGGUUUUGGGGAGCCUGAAGAGAGCAUUCUGGUGAAUGUGGUCUGUGCUUGUGCUCACUUGGGUGCACUGCAGUUAGGAAAAUGUGCACAUGGUUCGUUGCUAAGGAACAUAAGCUCGCUCAAUGUAAUUGUACAGACUUCCUUAAUAAACAUGUAUGCUAAAUGUGGGGCCAUACAAGAAGCAGUGAGCCUCUUCAAGAAGAUGCCAGACAAAAAUCAAUUAAGCUAUAGUGCCGCAAUCUCAGGUCUAGCAAUGCAUGGCCAGGGCCGAGAGGCGCUGAAACUUUUCUCAGACAUGCUCAGGGAAGGCCUGGAGCCAGAUGCUGUGAUCUAUGUAGGAGUUUUGAGCGCUUGUAGUCAUUGCGGCCUUGUAGACGAGGGUCUCCAAUUUUUCGAGCAGAUGAAAUCUGAAUAUGGGGUCGAACCGACCAUUCAGCACUACGGCUGCAUGGUGGACCUGCUUGGUCGAGCAGGGUUGCUCAUUGAAGCCUAUGACCUCAUAAAGAAUAUGCCCAUGAAGCCAAAUGACGUUGUGUGGCGAAGCCUUCUAAGUGCUUGCAAAGUUCAUCAAAACUUGGAAAUAGGAGAAACUGCGGCCAACGAACUACUCCAAUCAAACUCGAAGAAUCCCGGCGACUAUCUGUUACUGUCGUACAUGUAUGCAAGAACCGGGAGGUGGGAGGAUGUUUCUCAGGUCAGAACAGAGUUGGCCGAUAAGGGGAUUUCUCAGGCACCGGGAUUUAGCUCAGUUGAGGUGCAGAGGAAGAUAUACAGAUUUUUCUCGCAAGAUGUGAAGUGGCCGCAUCACGACGGCAUUAGCGACAUGAUUCACCAAAUGGAGUGGCAGCUGAAAUUUGAAGGGUAUGUCCCAGACACUUCGCAAGUUUUGCUCAAUGUCCAAGAAGACGAGAAGAGGCAAAGACUGAGAGGUCACAGCCAGAAGCUAGCAAUAGCUUUUGCCCUGUUAAAUACAUCUCGAGGUUCUCCAAUCAGAGUCACCAGAAACCUCAGGAUGUGUAGUGACUGUCACACUUACACAAAGUACAUCUCAUUGAUAUAUGAAAGGGAAAUUACUGUAAGGGAUCGAAACCGGUUCCACCAUUUUAGAGAUGGAACGUGCUCUUGUAAUGACUUCUGGUGAGUUAUAAUUGACGUGGAAGUUCUGAUC